GAAGCCCCCGGGCCUUGCAGUCCACGGCCAGUGCACGUCCAGCAGUUAUGUAAGCACAGUCAGUGCGUCCAGACAGUGACCCUGCCUCUCUGCUCCUCCCAUUUGCAGACAUCAUGGAGAAGAGAAACGCCACCUCAGACUUCAUUCUCCUGGGGUUCUUCAACCACACAAGACUCCACCGCUUUCUCUUCACAGUGGUGCUGGCAGUAGCCACUGCCUCCGUGGUGGGCAAUGCACUCAUGCUGCUCCUGAUUGCCCGGGACCGCCGGCUCCACACGCCCAUGUACUUCCUCCUGAGCCAGCUCUCCCUCAUGGACGUCAUGCUGGUUUUCACCACGGUGCCCAAAAUGGCUGCCGACUACUUGACCGGAAGGAAGUCCAUCUCCCGCACGGGGUGUGGGUCGCAGAUUUUCUUCUUCCUGACCCUGGCCGGCGGGGAGAGCUUCCUCCUGGCGGCCAUGUCCUACGACCGCUAUGUGGCAAUUUGCCACCCACUGCGCUACCUGGUUCUCAUGAGCUGGCGCUUAUGUCUGCAAGUGACUGUGGGGUCGUGGAUCCUGGGGGCUGCUGACGGCCUCCUGCAGGCUGCAGUCACCCUGAGCUUCCCGUUUUGCAGGUCACGUGAGAUCAACCACUUCUUCUGCGAGGCUCCCGAACUGAUGCGCCUGGCCUGUGCCCGCUCGUCUGUCUUUGAGUAUGCCAUGUACAUCUGCUGCGUGUUGAUGCUCCUGGUCCCCCUCUCCCUCAUCCUGAUCUCCUACAGCCUCAUCCUGGCUGCUGUUCUCCACAUGCGCUCCACAGAAGCCUGCAAGAAGGCCUUGGCCACCUGCUCUUCCCACCUGGCUGUGGUGGGACUCUUCUAUGGAGCCGCCAUGUUUGUCUACAUGAGACCCAGGUCCUCCAGGUCAGCUAGCCAUGACAAGGCUGUGUCAGCCUUCUACACCAUCUUCACACCCAUGCUGAACCCCCUCAUCUACAGCCUGAGGAACAGCGAGGUCAAGGGUGCUCUGGAGAGAUGGUUUGCGAUAUCCGUAACUCCAAAAUGCCAGCACACUUAG